AUGGGCGACAGCAGUGGGCAGCCUGGCAUCCACACCUACAAAUUCCUCGCUGAGGAGGGCCCCUUUGGCUCUGUGGAGCCGCCCAAAAGACCCACAGGGAGCCUGGUCAUGCACAGCAUGGCCAUGUUCGGCCGGGAGUUUUGCUAUGCGGUGGAGGCGGCCUACGUGACCCCAGUCCUGCUCAGCGUGGGCCUGCCCAGGAGUCUCUACAGCAUGGUGUGGCUCCUGAGCCCUGCGCAGCCCAUGGUGGGACUGGCCAGCGACCACUCUGCCGGGCCGUGGGGACGGCGGAGACCCUACAUCCUCACGCUGGGCGUCGUGAUGCUCCUGGGCAUGGCUAUGUACCUUAACGGGGACGCUAUCGUAUCAGCUUUGAUUGCUGACCCAAGGAGGAAGCUGAUUUGGGCCAUCAGCGUCACCAUGAUAGGUGUGGUUCUCUUUGAUUUUGCUGCUGACUUCAUUGAUGGGCCUAUCAAAGCCUACUUAUUUGAUGUCUGCACCCAUCAAGAUAAGGAGAGGGGCCUCCACUACCAUGCCCUCUUCACAGGUUUGGGAGGUGCCCUGGGUUACCUUUUGGGUGCCAUCGACUGGGCCCACCUGGAACUGGGAAGACUGCUGGGCACAGAAUUCCAGGUCAUGUUCUUUUUCUCCUCGUCGGUGCUCACUUUGUGUUUCAUUAUCCAUCUGUUCAGUAUCCCUGAAGCCCCACUUAGAGAUGUUGCCAAGGACAUUCCCCCACAGCAAGCCCCUCAGGACCUUGCAUUGUCAUCAGACAGAAUGUAUGAGUAUGGGUCUAUUGAGAAAGUUAAAAAUGGUUAUGUACACCCAGAGCUGGCGCUGCAGGGAGAAAAAAACAAAAAUCCUGCUGNCCAGACUCGGAGGACAGUGACCAUGAAGUCACUGCUGAGGGCGCUGUUGAGCAUGCCUCCCCACUUCCGCUGCCUUUGCAUCAGCCACCUCAUUGGAUGGACCGCCUUCCUGUCCAACAUGCUCUUCUUCACAGACUUCAUGGGCCAGAUCGUGUACCGUGGGGACCCCUACAGCGCACACAACUCCACAGAGUUCCUCAUCUACCAAAGAGGGGUCGAGGUUGGAUGUUGGGGUUUGUGCAUCAACUCUGUGUUUUCCUCACUUUAUUCUUACUUUCAGAAAGCUUUGGUUCCCUACAUCGGAUUAAAGGGUCUUUACUUCAUGGGGUAUUUGCUGUUUGGCCUGGGGACGGGCGUCAUCGGGCUCUUCCCGAAUGUCUACUCCAGCCUGGUCAUGUGCACCUUGUUUGGCGUGAUGUCCAGCACCCUGUACACCGUGCCUUUUAACCUCAUCACCGCGUAUCACCGUGAGCAGCAGGAAGAGCAGAGGCAGCAGGCCCGGUGUGGGGGCCCGGAUGGCAGCGUGAGAGGGCAGGGCGUGGACUGCGCUGCCCUCACCUGCAUGGUGCAGCUGGCUCAGAUCCUGGUUGGAGGUGGCCUGGGCCUUCUGGUCAACAUGGCCGGGAGCGUCAUCGUCGUGGUGAUCACAGCCUCUGCGGUGUCACUGAUUGGCUGUUGUUUUGUGGCUCUCUUUGUUAGAUAUAUGGAUUAG